AUGUCCAAGCCACCAUCCACGACCAAAGAUGAACCCGGCAGCGACCUCGAGCCAGCGAUCGGCGAGGUGGAGGAUGAAAACGCCAUUGCACAUGAUGCAGUCUUCGGUGUGAUAUCAGAAGACGGACCAAACUACAGGAAUGUUGGAUGGCUUGGAACCUCGAUUCUCAUGAUGAAGACUCAGAUGGGUCUUGGAGUUCUUUCGAUUCCCUCGGUCUUUGACACCGUUGGGAUAGUCCCCGGCGUUAUCCUCCUCUGUACGAUAGCUGGAAUUACCACCUGGUCCGACUACAUAGUGGGUGUGUUCAAGCUACGGCACCGCCACGUUUACGGCGUCGACGAUGUCGGCCAGCUCUUGUUCGGUCGAUGGGGUCGCGAGUUGUUCGGCUGGGCCUUCUGCCUCCUCUAUGUAUUUACUUCGGGCUCCGCGAUGCUCAGCACCUCCAUCGCGCUCAAUGCGCUCUCCACACAUGGCGCGUGCACGGCCGUCUUCGUCGCCGUCGCCGCCAUCAUCCUGUUCUUGCUCUCGAGUAUCCGGACGCUAGGUCGGAUUACUGGGCUGGCGUGGGCUGGUGUAGCAUGCAUUCUUAUCGCCGUGUUGAUCGUCACCAUCGCCGUGGGAGUCCAAGACCGUCCGGCUGCCGCACCGCAAGAGGGAGUCUGGCGAUCCGACUACAAGAUUGUCGGCAGCCCCAGCUUCACCGACGCGAUCUCUGCCAUCAACACUCUAGUCUUCGCCUACGCGGGCACCCCGGCUUUCUUCUCCAUUGUGGCCGAGAUGAGUGAGCCCCGUCAUUACCCGAAGUCACUGUUACUCUGCCAAAGUGUCGUCACGAUCACCUACAUCACCAUCGGCAUCGUCGUCUACUAUUACUGCGGGUCUUACGUCGCCUCACCAGCUCUGGGCUCCGCUGGUGUACUGAUCAAGAAGAUCUCCUAUGGCAUCGCGCUACCGGGCUUGCUGGUUUCCGGAACUCUCUGUGCCCAUCUCUCCAGCAAGCACAUUUUCGUCCGCUGUCUGCGCGGCACCCGGCAUCUGACCGCCAACACCGCUAGACACUGGAUCACCUGGCUCGGCUCGACCUUCACCGUCACCAUGGUUGCCUAUAUCAUCGCCAGCGGGAUCCCCAUCUUCAACACGCUGAUCUCCCUCGUCGGCGCUCUUCUGGGGACGGUGACCUGCUUUCAGCCCAUGGGCUGCAUGUGGCUCUACGACAAUUGGCGCAAGGACCGAACCCCGCGGUGGUACCUGAUGGUCGCCUGGAGCGGGUUUGUCAUCGCGUCCGGGACGUUCCUGAUGGUGGCGGGCACCUACAGCUCGAUCGUGGGCAUCAUUGACUCCUCCGAGUCUGGGGCUUGGAGCUGUGCCGAUAAUUCCAACUCGGUUUGAGGGAGGGGGGGUUUCAAGCAGGCGUACCAAUAUACACAUACGCAUGCAUGCAUGCAUGCAUUUGAUCAUGACGAAGUUGAUGAGGUUUACGUUUGAAUAAAGCUAUACUUUUCUUUGACAAGACCAUUAGUGUACUG